AUGAGGACCUGCUCCAGGGGCACGGCCGUGCCCAUCCUGCUGCUGCUGCUGCUGCUGGGCACUGCGCCCGCCCGCGCCCAGCCCUCCUGCCUCCACUUCCCCCAGCUCCUGCCCGCCAGGCUCAAAGAGCUCCGGCUCAAGUUUGAGGAAAUUAAGGAUUAUUUUCAAUCACAAGACGACGACCUCAGCAUCCAGCUGCUCAGCUCCGACCUGCUGGAGGAAAUCAAGGGGAGCCUCGGCUGCCAGUCGGUGUCGGAGAUGAUGGGGUUCUACAUGGACCAGGUGCUGCCCAGCGCCAUGAGGAGCAGCUCCCAGCACCAGCACAGCGUGGGCGACCUGGGCAACCUCCUGCUCAGCCUGAGAGCCAUGAUGAGGCGCUGUCACACAUUCUUCACCUGUGAGGAGAGGAGCCGCAGCAUGGAGCACAUCAAGGAGACCUUCAGCAGGAUGAAGAAGAAUGGAAUCUACAAGGCCAUGGGGGAGUUUGACAUCUUCAUCAACUACAUUGAAAAAUAUUUAACAAUGAAGAGAAGGAACUGAGAGCACCCCUGGGUCUGCAUUUUCCACACCAAACCCCGUUUAAAAAUCACUUUUGGCUGCAAGAGCUCAAAUUAAGUUAUCUCAAGGUUCAGGUUAAGAGUUACAAUAACUUCCAGCUUAAUAUUGUAUUUAAGAGCUAUUUUUGGAAUAGUUGAAUUUAUUAUUUAUUACUUCUAAUACCUCAGUGUUGAUGUUUACAGUAUGUUUUGAAGAAAGGAGUGAUGAGGUUGUAAAUUACUAUUUAUUGUUUAAUAUUUUAAUAUUGUUUAUCAUAGUACUAUUUUAUUCAUAGCUUCAAACAUCCAAAGCAGCAUUUUUCUGGAGGGCAGACAAUGAGCUGAGCUUAUCCCAAGUGAAUUAGGAGCAAGGCCAGCUCCGAGUUCAACAAAAUUUCAUUUGAGUUAAAUUACCCUCUCCUCGUAUCCUAUAUCUCUGUUUAUUUAUGCAAUCAGGUGCUUUUAUGUUUAGGAGGAGAAAAAGCCACACCAACAGCUUGGCUGACUCCACUUUAGACUUCAGCCUGUAGAUUAGUCCAGACUAAAUUAAAAAAAUUAAUAAUAGGAAUGAAAUGUUUGGUUCUAAUAGAACUUGGUUAAAUAUUGCUCAGUAUCUGCCUUCCAGAGCUGCUGGAACCCUGCACUUUCCAAAGUUAACCUUACUGUUUUCCAGUCUCUGACUGGGUUUCCUCACUGUUUUACUGCUGUUCAUUUUCUUUUAGAAGUUAGAGGAUAAUUAAUUAACCACCAUUUUAAGGUGGCUCGGGUAAUUUGCAUUCAAAUCCGUGGGGCACUGCUGGGAUUGGGUUUUGGAUCCUCACCAGCACUGGGAGCAGCUUCAGUGCCCCCAAAAGUGGCUGAUUUUAGGGCUCAGCUUGCUCCUCACCCCCGUGGACCCUGAGCCAGAGGUAAAUGCCACAACCCCAGGAGAGGCUUUUGCUUCUAAUAUUUAGAAGUUUAGAGGCCCCCAGCUGAUGAAACACUGCCAGUUUGGUGUUUACUGUGCAAGUCCCAGCUGAGGAGAGGUUAUUUAUAUGGGAUUUAUUCUGUGUGGACAAUUCUGGUGGCAGCAGGGGAUUGCCUGCAUGGGAUUUGGAUAUUCCAGAGCAGGGCAGGAAUCCUGCUCCAUGGGUCGCUCCUCCUGCUGAAAGCUCAGGCUCAAGGGCAGCCAAAGACUGUAAAACUUAAAUUAAGCUUCUUACGAAGCACAUUCAGCUCCAGUUGAGCCAAUUCUGAGCUUGUUUUUCCCUCCAAACACCUUCGAUGUCGUGGGAGAAGCAAGGACAGCCCUGGAGCCAAGGACAACAUCA